CCCCCAAUUAUAACCCAUUCACCCAUUCAGCCCAUUAGGUAUACUUCCCCCCGCCACCCGUCUACAUUUCUAUCUCCGAACCUAUCCAGUCCUUUUUCUUGGCGUACACAGACACGUAUAUGCAAGUGCAACUAAGGACAAGCUCUUCAUUAAUGGGGGUCUGGGUAGCUGCUGGGGGCCAAGGUAUGUCGCCAUGAGGGGCAGGAGAAGAGGGAUUUGGAUCUCCUGCAUCUGCUGAAGUACAGUCACGUCCAACACUUGUCACUUCUGAAUCACUUCUGAAUAAGGGGGAGGUGUUCACCACCUGAAUCCUGUCGACGCACGAGCUGGCCUCCACUACCGGCGUCUUGAUCGUAUAUAUAAAGGCUAGUGCGAAGUCUUGAGACAUUCUUCUCGCUUGGUCUACCCGGUAGAUUCCCUAGCCUUUAAAGCAUUUCAUCCUCUUCAUUGUUUCCUCGGGCCAACUGCAUCUUCAUAACAUCCAACGUACCUCUAUCCAUACUUUCCCAUUGACCUACCUUUUACCUAAUCGCCAGCCCAUUGCUCGAUAAUUUUGGGUUGAAAAAAAAAAGCACCAUGGGUUCUGUGUACAUCCCUCCGAUCCGCCUCGCGAUCCUCGAAGCCGAUAACCCAGUUCCUGGAAUCAAAGCUAAAUACGGGUCGUACGGCGGGGUCUUCAAACAUCUUUUUGAGAGGGCGUGUGCAUCAUUAGAGCCACCCCAACCCCUCUCUGCCAUACUCGAGCUCUCGUCUCACGACAUUGUAAAUCACCCUGACUCGUACCCGGACCCCGAGACGAUCGACGCCAUCCUCAUCAGCGGCUCUAAGUACUCCGCAUAUGACAACGACGAUUGGAUCGUCCGCCUCACUCAGUAUACGAGGCGGUGUCUCGAAGGCGGCCGCGUCCGUGUUAUCGGCGUCUGCUUCGGUCACCAGAUAGUCGGCCGUGCCCUUGGGGUCGAGGUCGGCAAGAAUGUUCGCGGAUGGGAGAUAAGCGUCACCGACCACGAGCUCACAGAGGAGGGAAAGAAGCUGUUCGGCGUACAGAAGCUGGCUAUCCACCAAAUGCACCGUGAUCAGGUGUUCUCGUUACCCCCAGGCGCCAUCCAGUUAGCUCGCACCGACGUGUGCGAUGUGCAGGCCAUGUAUAUCCCGAAGCGAUUUAUCACGGUGCAGGGUCAUCCUGAGUUCACCGACGAUAUGGUGCGUGAGAUCCUCGAGAUGCGCCGAUAUGGUGGCAUUCUGGGCCCGGAUAUCUUCGAGGACGGCAUGCGUCGUGUUAGUAAUAAACACGAUGGCGUCGCCGUUGCUAGGGCUUUCCUGCGUUUCCUACGACAGUAAGAAACAGUAGAGAAGGACAAGGUAAAAGAUGGGAGAGAAAAUCAAAAUUUAUAUAGACAUCCCGAACAGCACCAUAAUAAGACGGGGCAGAAACGAUCCGCAGGUGUUGGUUACACAAACCAGGAUUGUGCUUUAUUGACCGGUUAUGAAGACCAAUCGGUUAGCUGCCGGGGAAUGGCAACUCCUCAGACACCAUGAAGUCUUAUGAUGCAAUACGUACCUUUGAUGCGGAAUUAUGAUAUUUAUUACCAACUCAAUAUCACUUAACAGUUGAGUAAAAAGAAGGGUGUCGAUUAUCGGUCUCUCCUAUCUGAGUCUGUAGGUCUGCAGAGUUCUCUAUCACACAUACCUAGCAGACAUUGUUUCGGAUCGAGUAUGAAGAUCAAUCAAAUAAGAAAAAAAAAAGAAUCAUCAUCUCACAAA